AUGGAGAGUCACUUGAGAAAAUGGUGUUUAGUUUCUAUGUUGGUUUUGUUUUUGAAUUUAGGGUUUAUGAUAAAAGCAGAGCCUCAAGUUCCAUGUUACUUCAUCUUUGGUGAUUCUUUGGUUGAUAAUGGAAACAACAAUCGUCUGGCUUCUAUUGCAAGAGCUGACUAUUUCCCUUACGGCAUUGAUUUGGGCGGUCCAACUGGCCGCUUUUCCAACGGAAAAACCACCGUCGACGAACUCGCUGUGCUACUUGGAUUUGAUAACUACAUUCCUGCGUAUAGUGCUGCGAGUGGCGAGCAGAUACUUCAAGGAGUAAACUACGCAUCAGCAGCUGCCGGAAUCAGAGAAGAAACCGGUCAACAAUUGGGACAAAGAAUAACAUUUAGUGGGCAAGUACAGAACUAUAGGAACACAGUGUCACAAGUGGUGCAAAUUCUUGGAGAUGAGAAUAGUGCAGCUGAUUACCUUAGUAAAUGUAUUUACACUAUUGGUUUGGGAAGCAAUGACUAUCUUAAUAACUACUUCAUGCCUCAAGCCUAUUCCACUAGCACACAGUACACUCCUGAACAGUACGCUGAUGAUCUUAUCCGUCGUUACUUCGACCAGCUCAAUGAUCUAUACCUCUAUGGAGCUAGAAAGUUUGCACUGGUCGGAAUAGGAGCCAUUGGGUGUAGCCCAAACGCGCUCGCACAAGGCAGCCCCGAUGGAACAACUUGCGUGGAGCGUAUCAACUCAGCCAACCGAAUCUUCAACAACAGGCUAAAGUCUUUGGUCCAACAACUCAACAAUGAUCACCCUGAUGCUAAGUUCACCUACAUCAAUGCUUAUGGCGUCUUCCAGGACAUUAUCGCCAAUCCCUCUGCUUAUGGGUUUAGGGUUACGAACGCAGCGUGUUGCGGAGUUGGAAGAAAUGGAGGUCAGCUAACAUGUUUACCGGGACAACCCCCGUGCCUGAACCGCGAUGAGUACGUGUUUUGGGAUGCAUUUCAUCCAACGGAUGCUGCGAACACUAUCAUUGCACAGAGAUCUUACACGGCACAAUCAUCUUCGGACGUUUAUCCAAUAGAUAUCUCAACGUUGGCACAGCUUUGA